AUGUCUUCCCUCACCCCUAAGCCUGCGCUGGACGCUGUAGCCGAAGCCGAGGCCAAGUGGUUGACUGAUGCACUGCUUGGCCGCCGCGACUGCGACACCUUUCGCAAGCUCAAGGAUCUCUGUCGCCACCUACGCGGGAGUGCUAUCCCCCUCGCUUCCGCUCCCCUCCCCCUGCGGGCCAAGAACGCAUCACCCAGUGCGCGGACGCUAUGUAUCGGAUCUUUCAAUCUAUGCAUCAGGGCUCGGAUCCGUACAGUUUUGCGCGCCGCGCGCGCUGUUUCUUGGAAGUCGGGUCUUUCCAACCCCGGCGGGUUUACGAGGUUCCUCCUCGAGCAACCUCAUACGCACGGAGUAGGCGUCACCCUCCCCGUCGACGAGGGCGGGAUCGGCCGGGCCAUCCCGCCCAACGAUCGUUUCGAGCUCCACGAGCUCAACUUACUCGACCUGGUGUCACAUUACAUAUCGUCCGGCACGCUGCCUUUCACUCGCACGACGUUCGAUUCCAUUAUACUUGACGUAGACCACUCGUCACCUCGACUCCUAGUCGCACAAUUACUGCUUGCCUUAUCCACCAUCCAUGAUGGUGGUCAGAUCCUUCUGACACUUUCCUGUAUCGAGCGGCCCCAAGCCGCCCGCAUCCUGAUCGCCUUCUCGAAAGUAGCUGAUUAUAUCAGCCUUUCGUCACCACCCCAGGCCCAGACCUGGGGUGUGUUUUAUUUGCAUGCACAAACCGUUAGGACAACCUGA